AUGGCGGAUCAACGUGGUGAAGAGAAAACAAGGGACAUGGUUGCAUCUACUGGAUAUUGCUACACUGAUCAUGAUUCUUCGGCUGGAAAUCAAAAUAUUCAGACUCAUCUGGUGAGCCAGUUGCAACCAUUUGAGCAUAGUUUAGAGAUCUACAACUUGACUGCUGGAAUGGAAAUGAUAGGGUUUCCACCGAAGAAUCUGCACCAACAGAAUGAAAACACCUCAGGUUUGUGGAAGGAGUUCUUCAACAAGCCUGGGGGCGGUGCGUCGACAUCCAAGCCCACAUCAACAAGUGAGUUUUAUAGUCAUGAUUUAACAGGUAUAUCUGAUACAACAAAUGAGAACUUGAUGGAUUCUUCAUCAGCUUGGAAUAAUCAGAACAGAUUGAUGGUGGAUGAUCCAUCUUUGAGGUGUGUUUUUCCUGGUGAAGGAAAUGAAAGGCGCCUUUCACUCUCUUUGAGUUCAUCAAAUCCUGGGACUACUGGGAUUCAUCAGUCUUUUGAUCUUGGACAACAAGAUGAUUUAAGGUUUGGUCCAUCAAGUUCUAGGUCUGUAGUGAAUACUCAAGGACAGCAACAAAUGAUGCAACAACAAUUCCACAUAAGGAACUCAAAGUACUUGGCUCCUGCUCAAGACCUUCUUAAUGAGUUCUGUAAUCUUGGUUCAAAGCACUCUGAGAAUACAUCAAAGCAAAAGAUUCAAAAGAACAAUGAAUGGGAUGAUGACAAUGUCAUAAAAAAGCAAUCUUUGUAUUCCCUUGAUCUUCUUGAAUUGCAGAAAAGAAAAACCAAGUUGCUUCAACUCCUAGAAGAGGUCGAUAGAAGGUACAAGCACUACUGUGACCAGAUGAAGGCCGUGGUAUCAUCAUUUGAAGCAGUUGCUGGAAAUGGGGCUGCAACAGUGUAUUCUGCCCUAGCUUCAAAGGCCAUGUCAAGGCAUUUUAGGCGUUUAAGAGAUGGAAUUAUUUGGCAGAUUAAGGCCACCAUGAAAGCAAUGGGCGCAAAAGACACUGCUGCUCCCGGCACGACGAGAGGAGAGACACCAAGACUUAGACUUCUUGAUCAAACUUUAAGGCAACAAAGGGCAUUCCAGCAAAUGAACAUCAUGGAAAGCCAUCCAUGGAGACCUCAACGAGGAUUGCCUGAAAGAUCGGUUACCGUUCUUCGCGCUUGGCUUUUUGAACACUUCCUCCACCCGUAUCCAAGUGAUGUAGAUAAACACAUUUUAGCCCGCCAAACAGGUCUCUCAAGAAGCCAGGUGUCUAAUUGGUUCAUCAAUGCUAGGGUGAGGCUAUGGAAACCAAUGGUGGAACAAAUGUAUUUAGAAGAACUAAAGGAAAAGGAGGGCUUGAAUGAUGAUUCUACCACCAAUCUUGAUGAGAACAGUGGUCAGCUAAAUUCCUCAAGAAACGUUGACGAAAAACCGAACCAUGAUCAACUUGUGAGAAUCGAUUCCGAAUGUCUCUCUUCAAUCGUCAACAAUCCGGAGAAAAAUGAUGGAAAAAAGAGUAAAACCCUUCAAAAUGAUCAGCUUCAUCAGCAGCAGCACCAUAGUUUUGGUAGGGUGGGGGACUCAUCAUUUGGUGCUGUGGAAUUGGACUUUUCAUCAUACAAUCAUCAUUCCGCAGGUGGUUCCGGCACGGCUCACAAUUACGUCGGCAGCAGUAGCGGUGGCAGUGGCGGCGUAUCUUUGACAUUGGGAUUACACCAUGCAAGUGUUGGGGUGAGCUUAGCAUUUUCUUCAGCCUCACAAAACUCAUUUUUUUACCCCAGAGACCACAUUGAAGAUUGCCAAACAGUUCAAUACUCACUCUUGGACAGUGAAAGCCAGAAUUUGCCAUACAGGAAUUUGAUGGGUGCACAAUUGCUGCAUGAUUUGGCUGGAUAG